AGCUGAUGUACUCUCUAGUCACCUCGGGGUGGGUGUCCCGAGGUAAAACAGAAAAGCAAAAGGAGAAUAAUUAGCGUAGCUGCUGUUCAUAACUUUAAGCAAAGAUAGUCUUGUGCAAAUAGUCUGAGACCUGCUUGGGAGGUAAGACUCUUUUCUUUCUUUGUGUAACGUUUAAUACACCUGCUUUUAUAUAUUUGUUUUUAUAUUGGUUUGAUAUACGCGUUUCAUUGAUUUCCAUAUAUCAGCUUCAUUUUUCACCGAGGAUACGACUGGCUGUAGACGUCACGGUCUUGCGCCGCUGAUUUGAACAGUGUUUUAAAGAUAAUUUUGGCCAAUUUAUCUGUAUGACAAGUUGGAAUAAGUGCUGAAAGCUUUCGUCCUCCGUGCAAGUAUAUUAAACUAACCUGCUUUGUAUUCUUCUCCAGUGAAGCAGUUUGGAUUAUUGUGCAAUAUUAAUUGUGAUUUAUCUGUUGCAUUUAUUGUAUUUUUUAUUGUAUUUUUAUUUUGUUUGUAUCAGAAAUGUUUGCCAUGUGUUUAUUUGCAUUAUUUGAGGAGCUGUAAUAUUGAGGUUUAACAGAAGGGGAGAGAAUAUUUGUCUUUUCUUUUUUUUGGUUUGCUUUUGUAUCUGUUUCAUCACUUAUUUCUAAUGAUGACGAUGCACUGAUUGCUGUGGUGUGUGUCCCUUCUGUGAAAGUGAACUCAUACUGGUCCCAUAGUAAUUGUGAGUAAAUAACUGGUAAACUGCUGAAGAGAUUCCUCGUUUUACAGUUACUGAUUUGUGUAAUAAAUUAACAUUAUAUUUUUGGAAAGUCACGCCUCUGUCUUUAAUUCCUACCGAACCAGCAGGGUCCUUCAUCUUAUUGUAAUUCCUUUUGGUUGAAAAUUUCUUUUUGGGUGUAAUUAUUUUAAUUUUUUCCUGGGUAGAUAACCUAGGUGGCGUAGUCGGGGUUUCUGUUACUUUUAGCCAAAGGUUACAUAUAGAGAGAAAUAUGUCAAAGAUGACCACGAACUCUUCAGCAGCUGAAAAACUAUAUCAGAAAAGAAUGGGAUCGAAUUCCAACACAGAAACUCAUAACCUUGAUGCCCUCAGUGUCUUCACACUGUUUUGAAGAGAUGCUACACCAUGGUAAACAUGCCCCGUCCCAACUACUGUAUUUUGAGACCUGUAGUAGGCAUCAAAUUUGAAAUGGGCUCAUUUUGUGCAUAAAAUUGUAAAAUUUCUCAGCUUAAACAUUUAUGUUCGGGUUGUAUUAACCAUCUUGAAAAAACAGUUCGGUUUAGUGAGAACACAUUUCAGAGAAUAGUUAGUGUGUUUGCUGACGUCUGACUGUCACUGACACUUGAAAAGCAGUUUCACUUCCUUUAUUUCACAUAAACUGAACAAUUUCAGAGCCGCUGUUCAACACGACAGUUCAGAAGAGAAAAAGAAGUCUUCAGAUAUUGUUUGAGAACGGUCAUGAUGAUCUACACAGUAACAGCGCACACAGGAAAGCAGCUCUUGGCGGGCACCACUAGCCUCAUCUACAUCCAGCUGCGUGGUACUGAGGCUGAGAGUGAGGAACAGAAUCUGAACCACCUUCAGGGAUUUUGGCAAGGAUCGGAGCGAGCAUUUAAGAUACACUGUAAGGCGUCCCUGGGAGAACUCGUAUCUGUCGAGAUCUACUCCAAGCCGUUUAUGGGUCUUCUUCACAACCAGUGGUUCUGCGAUAAGAUCUUGAUCAAGACGCCCGAAGGUGAUGAGAUUUUGUUUCCGUGCUACAGCUGGCUUGACAGCAAUGAGAGGCUCGUUUUAAGACCUGCUAAAGCUUCACUCGUGUUCCAGGACAUCAACCCAAUAGCCCAAAGACAAAGGACGAGGCAGCUAGAAGAGCAACAAAAGUUAUUUAGGUGGCGCGUGUAUGCUGAGGGCACACCCCAAGUUAUCGAUUACGACACUGCCAUUGCUCUGCCAGCUGAAGUCCGAUUCUCUUUUGCAAAGGAAACCGAGUUUAACUUCAAUGCUGGAAAGCAGUUAGCUGCUCUGAAGCUAACUGGAUUAGCUGACAGCAGAAGAUCGUGGGAAAACCUCAGGCAACUGGAAGUAAUUCUUUGUGAAAAAGUGAAAACCAUUGAAUACAUUCAGGAGCACUGGGAUGAGGACAAGUUCUUUGGCUACCAGUUUCUGAAUGGCCUCAAUCCCAUGAUGAUCCAGCGCUGCUCAAAGCUGCCCGAGAAUUUCCCCGUCACAGACGACAUGUUCAAAGACUCCCUAAGAGGGAGCAGCUUGGAGCAGGAGAUGAAGAAAGGAAACAUCUUCCUGUCUGACUAUAAGAUGUUGGACGGGCUGGUGGGAAAUGUAGUCAGUGGCAGGCAGCAGUACCUCACGGCUCCCCUGGUCCUGCUGUACAGUAACCCCCAUGGCAUGAUGCUGCCCAUUGCCAUACAGUUAAGGCAAAAGCCUAGCAAAGAGAAUCCCAUCUUCCUCCCAACGGAUUCAAAGACAGACUGGAAACUGGCCAAGAUCUUCGUCCGAAAUGCAGAGUUUGGCGUUCACGAGAUCGACAUUCACCUGCUGAGAACUCACCUGCUGGCAGAGGUGUUCACCGUGGCGACGUUGCGCAAUCUUCCACCUCCACACCCUCUCUACAAGCUCCUCUUUCCCCAUAUCCGAUACACGCUCCAGAUCAACAUCAUGGCCCGGAAUCGGCUGAUAUCCAAGGAUGGGGUCAUUACCAUGUAUGCAGGAAUAGGUGGAGAGUCAUUGGCAACGUUGCUGAAGCGUGCUACCGCCUCCCUGACCUACGGCGCCCUCUGUCUUCCUGAUAACAUCUCUGAGAGAGGCCUGGAGAAUGUACCCUACUUCUACUACAGAGAUGAUGGGAUGAAACUGUGGAACAUCAUCAACAGGUUUGUUGCAGCUUUCUUGUCACAUUACUAUCAAUUUGAUUCACACGUGCAGAAGGACACAGAGCUGCAGGAUUGGAUCAAUGAGAUAUUCACAAAUGGCUUCCUAGGAAGAGAUGGCUCAGGAAUACCAUCAUCUCUUCAGACUGUGACAGAGCUCGUCAAGUUUGUCACCAUGGUGAUCUUCACUGCAUCAGCCCAACAUGCCGCUGUAAACAAUGGACAGUUUGACUUUGGCGGCUGGAUGCCUAACUUCCCCACUGCCCUCAGAAAGCCCCCUCCCAAGGAGAAAGGUCAGACCACUGAGGACACGAUCCUGGAGACCCUUCCUGAUGUGAGCACGACGGUGAAUGGGAUGGCUGUCCUGAGACUGCUGAGCAAGGAUUCUGCAGACCAUUACCCUCUGGGACAUUUCCCAGAAAAUCUGUAUGAUGAAGACGUCCCCUGCAAGCUCAUUGAAGAGUUUCAAAAGGAUCUGAGGGAGUUGUUGGAUCUCAUCGAGGAGCGGAACAAGAAUUUGGAGCUUCCUUACAUCUAUCUGAACCCCAAAAAUGUGGACAACAGUGUAGCCAUUUGAAUGAAGACAGAAUUCUUUCAUAUCAUGUUUGUAUUUCUAUUUAUAACUUUGUCAAUAAAAGUA